AAUGCUUUGUCCUAUAACACUUUUUAUCGAUUUGUAUCCGCUGAGAACACCCCAGGUCUCAUAGAGAAAAUGGCGUCACCGCACGACUCUGUACGAAUCGGUUUGCUGCUGAUUUUCAUAAUCUUUGAUAAACUCUUCCAGUUUUCAUAUCAGUAGAGAUGGUCUCCCGUGUAUAGCUUCACACAACAGAUGGCAAGACCUUUCAGAGAGAGGGUUCCUUUCUGCUUGCAUGCAUAUUGCACCUGUCACGUCUUCGAGCCUAAAGUCCUUGCUUUUCUUCUGUUGCCUUCCUGAUACUAACAGAGUACCAGAAAGUUCCCUGAAAACGUUAACCUAACAUUCUCUUUUUCAUGCGAGAUACGUUGACAAGCGCUUUGCUCUCACCUCUCAGCCUGGGGUACCUGCAGAUUGAUCUUAAAUUGAAGGAAGGUUCUCUGAUUAUGUGUAAUUGAAAACGAAGACAGCUCCACUUGUUUUCUGGAAUCAAUGUUGAAUAACAUCAGCAAUACAUAGAUAACCUUCAUUUGUUUAUAUUCUUUUUAAAAAAUGAGAGUGUUUACUGAUAAAGAUCCCUUUGCCCUCCCCCUCCCCAUCUUACACCACGUCCUUCCUUUUCCCCAGAGUCAUUUCAGUCAUGCCUCUGUUGUGAUUUCCUUCAGAAUUUUAACGAUACUUUUGUACCUAUGUGUGCCAGCAGGAAAUGCAAGUAUUUCCUCACAUCAGUGGGGUACUAUCUAUAAGGCUCCACAGUUUUGUUUUGUUUUUUAAUUUUUUUUAAUGUUUAUUUAUUUUUGAGAGACAGAGUGCAUGCGGGGGAGAGGCAGAGAGAGACAGAGAAUCCGAAGCAGGCUUCAGGCUCCAGGCUCCUAGCUGUCAGCACAGAGCCUGACGUGGGGCUCGAACCCACGAACUGUGAGAUCAUGGCCUGAGCCGAAAUCCGAGCACUCAAGCGACUGAGCCACCCUGGCGACCCCAUCGUUUAUUAUUUCCGCUCAACAAUAUGGAUGCCACUGAAAAAUUAUUUCCUGAUGCCAUUAGAAUGCGAUUUGAGGACAUUCAGCAGAAUAAUGACAUAAUCCAGAGUCUUGCAGCCUUUCACAAAUACGGGAAUGAUCAGGCUCCUUUGGCUACCAACACAGGCCGAGUGAAUGCACAGAGAGGUGGGGGAUUCUUUUCCGGAGUGCUCACCGCUUUAACUGGUGUGGCAGUGGUCCUCCUCGUGUAUCACUGGAGCAGCAGGGAAUCUGAGCACGACCUCCUGGUCCACAAGGCUGUGGCCAAAUGGACAGCAGAAGAAGUGGUCCUCUGGCUGGAGCAGCUGGGCCCUUGGGCCUCUCUCUACAGAGACCGGUUUUUAUCUGAAAGAGUGAAUGGAAGGUUGCUUUUAACUCUGACAGAGGAAGAAUUUUCAAGGGCGCCAUAUAACAUAGAAAACAGCAGCCACAGAAGAGCCAUCCUCCUGGAACUGGAGCGUGUCAAAGCACUGGGGGUGAAGCCCCCCCAGAAUCUCUGGGAAUAUAAGGCGGUGAACCCAGGCAGGUCCCUGUUCCUGCUGUAUGCCCUCAAGAGCUCCCCGAGACUUGGUCUGCUAUACCUCUACCUAUUUGACUACACAGACACCUUCCUGCCCUUCAUCCACACCAUCUGCCCCCUGCAGGAAGACAAUUCUGGGGAGGACAUCAUCACCAAGCUUCUGGAUCUAAGAGAGCCCACCUGGAAGCAAUGGAGAGAAUUCCUUGUCAAAUACUCCUUCCUUCCAUACCAGCUGAUUGCUGAAUUUGCUUGGGACUGGCUGGAGGUCCAUUACUGGACAUCACGUUUUCUCAUCGUCAAUGCCAUGUUACUCUCGGUUCUGGAAUUAUUCUCCUUUUGGAGGAUCUGGUCACGAAGUGAACUGAAGACUGUGCCUCAGAGGAUGUGGAGCCAUUUUUGGAAAGUAUCAACACAGGGGCUUUUUGUGGCCAUGUUCUGGCCCCUCAUUCCUCAGUUUGUCUGCAACUGUCUAUUUUACUGGGCCCUGUACUUCAACCCAAUUAUUAAUAUCGAUCUUGUGGUCAAGGAAGUCCGACGGCUGGAAACCCAGGUGUUGUGACUGGCAGUGCCCAGGCUCUGAAGGAUUCUUCCAGCUCCUCGACAUGUGCGCACCGAUGCUCGAGUAGGGGGCGGGGGGAGUGGACUUCCUGUUUCUCCACCCUGCGAACAAGGUGCUGCUUUGUCAGGCUACAACCAGGUCCUCUGUCCCUCUGCCUGCGGCAUCAUGGCAGCGGGGACUGACAUCCCAGAGCUUGGCUGACACAGCGACAGCACCUCUCCCCCCAGCCGCCCUCCUCACAGGGACUUGGGAGGCCCCGUCCACCGGGGCUGUCAGGGACUUGGGGUCCCCAGAGGAUGCAGUCUGGUGACUUCAGAAGGCUGCUGGGUCAGCAGUCCCGCUUGCCCUGACCUCAGUGACGGACAGAGGCUCCCAGGGCGAGUUGGCAGCACAAGGCUGAGCCUGAGACCAGGCUUGCUGGGGCCAGGCCUGUCCUCUGAAUCAAAUUUAGGAAAACGGGAAAAGAUUUUGUCAUAGGCACAGACAGUUGCGCAUAAAAAAUACGGAGGAAAAGCCCAAAUCCGAUGGACGAUUCUGUAUUAUUAAAGAGGUGGUAGGCUUUUCAGAUGGAAGCCUCUAAAAGGGUUCGAGACGGAGUGGUGGUCAGACUGUCGUCAGUGUUCUCUGCAUUUAAUCACUGCAACUUUGGAUCCCUAACUCCCAGGGGGGUGUCGAGGACGAAGUCAAGCAGUAACGGAGGGUCAUUCUCAUCAGGCCGCGCUGCCUCAGUGCCACUUAAAAUUACUGUGUGGGGGUUUAUAUGGUUGGUUUUCAGGAAUUUAAUCUGUAAAAUCCAGGAGAGCCCUUAUGUUCAAUGAGGAAACAUUUUGUACUUUGACCUCACACUGUAUUCUCUUAUUGUCCUGUUCUGAUGUAUAAAACAGCAAGGUAUAAUUACACCAAGUGCUGUAGUUGUAAAUAUGAAUAAGAUGAGGCAGGGCCCUUAUUUCUUUCUGGUAUGAAGACAUCAAGUGUGAAUUUGAGCCAUCUGAAGAUUGGCUCCAGAGGUAAGUUUUGUGACUCUGUGAACCACUCGUUACUCCUUUGAUCUUUGAAGAUUUCACUCAAACUUUGCAUCUGAAAGUUUGAAGAAAUCACUUGAAAGUAAAAUAAAGAUUUUUAUAUAGAUAAAAGUUC